AAAGGAUGUUCAGUUUUAGUUGAAGUUCCUUUUCGUAAGGUGUGUCGGCCGACGCUCGCUGUAGACGUAACUCCGUGAAAGUCCUUUUAAGUACAACAAAUUACCCAGCAGAUUUACGGAAAGGAAAGUCUAAAUUGACCAUCAACGCCACGAAUAUUUGCGUCAUUGUUGUUCUGAAGUGGAUUUAUCUGGAGUAGAAAAAAUAUCGAAAAGUUUGGAAUGACAACUUAGUCGAGAUCGAGUGAAAUGUGUUGCGAUAAUGUCUGAGGGACAGACGGAUGUCAUGGAUGCUAUGUCAUGACCGUGGUGAAACGAGCGUUGGGAAAAGAUCUACUUAGGACAUAUUAUUAUGUCCUUACAACGCGUAAGGAGAGAUAGAUAUCAAGGUCAAUGUUGCCUGCGAAAGGUUCCAUGAAAAACGCACGAUAGUUGGUAGAACUUUUUCGUAUUUCGUUUCACGCAAGACCGGGCUCAGCAAUUUUGUGUUGGUGUCCUGGUACUUUUAUGGCUUCCAAAAGAGCCCUUCUAUAAGGCUGUGUGAUGAAGUGAUGUGUGAAUGUGGAGUGCUAUCCUUUUACAUGUUGUAACACCCCAAGAGAAAGUGCCUGUCACAUAAGAAUAAUUGCUCAUUUAAAAACCAAGUCCUGGAAAUCUUGCAUAUUAAGCUAAUAUAAACUUAUGGUAAAAUCGACCACUGUCUGAUAUGGACGAUAUUAAAUCAACAUUGCAAACGAGAGCUCGGUAGACUUACGUCAUUGCUAAUAUCAUUGUUGAAAAAAAUCUUAAAUAGACUAUAUUUGUAAUCAUUCCCCAGAGGCCUACCUGCGACUAGGCUGAAUGUUGUAAUGCCCCAGCAGGCGCGUGGGCGUAAUGCCAGUAACAUACCCCAGACCUGCGGGAGGAGGGGUUAGUAAAUUGGCCCUACCGAAGUCCAUUUCGAGGGGCAGGAAAUCGUCUGUGGACUUUGACUCACUGGAGGAAGACACAAUGCCCGGGGAUAUGUCCUCCCCCAAAUAUGAAUUGGAGGAUUACGUAUACGAAAUGGAGUGUCGCUCGGGAAUUGGGGGGAACGGGGGCGGGGACGACGACGAUACUGAGGAGGACGUGUUUGCACGUCUGGCCCAGAAGGAGAGGGACCUUAUCUUGGCUGCCGAAUUAGGCAAGGCCCUUUUGGAAAGGAACGAACUUCUCGUGCAACAGAAUGAGCGUCUCGCUGAGGACUACAGCCACAAAUUAGAGAUCUUGGAACAAGAAAAGCAUGGCCUCAGACGCAAGUUGACAGCGGCGGAAAGCGAGUACGACCUCAAAGUUCAAGAACUGAACCUCGAUCUUCAAAAUGCCAAGGCUCAGCUGCAAACACAAACCGAUUUACAAGAGCAGCGGGAAUCGCUGCGCCAGACGGAGAGGGAGAAGAGCCAGCUCAUCGACCAGCUCACCGAACAGAACCAGAGGCUCACCACUCAGCUCAAAGAGCAAUCUAAACAUGAGCAACAGCUGGAAUCGCAGUUGCAACUGUUGCGAGACCAGUUUCAACUGCGCAGAUCGAACAUGUCUGAACAGGUGUCCACCUUGGACAUGCUCAGGGAGGAGAUCAACCUCCUGAGUGAGAAGAAGCUGGAUUUGGAGAGGCGCAUCGACAGCCUCAUCAGCGAGAGAGAAGGACUCAGCGUCAACUUGGACGAGUCCUCCGAUCGCAUCCUGAUGCUGGAGAAGCGCAGCAUGGAGCAGGAGGCUCUGCUAAGAAAUAACCAACGUGACUUGGAUGACCUAAGGCACACGAAUCUAUUCCUGAACGACCGGCUGGAGGCCUUGAGCAGGAAUUCCUCUUCUCCCUCGAUGGAACAAACCUCUCUCAGGAAUGAGAUCGACAUGUCCGAUCAGGAAGUGUCCCGACCGCACUCCCAUCCCAGUUUGCCCGAAGACCUGCUCGAGUUGGACGAGGAUGACAUCGAAUGCGACGAUCCCAUCCUCUCGCCGACGUCUGAUGCGCAGUCGCUCAAAGCACUACGGCAAGAAGUUGUGGAUGUCAUAGGACAGAUUCGGGUGAUGAUCGAUCAACUGAGGCAUCGAAGAAGGAAUUCUCUGACGUCCCUCUCUACCAACUCAUCAGAUGAGGUUUCACCAGACAAGCUGAAGACUGGUGUAUUGGGAGCUGUUGUUAGAGAACUUCAAGGACUGGUGAGAAACCUCCUUCGACGGGAAGCCCAGGGGCAGUGUGGAGCUUGUGGCCGUGGCGGAGAAGACAGACUUCAGCUGGAACAGGAAGUUCACCGAGCCCUUGAGGCUGUUGAUAAACUCAACAUUGAGCUGAACGAUACGAAAGACAAGCUCAAAGCUAAGACCGACGAAGCUUCUGAUCUCCAGCAUCAAGUCACUUUGGGAGAAGCUCAGCUCAAGGCUGUUGCAGAGCACAGGGACAACCUCAAGCAUGAUCUUGAGAACACUCAUCUUGCCAAGGACGAGUUGAUAAAGAAGGCAUGGGACAUGCGUGAUAAUGCCGUCUCACGCAAGAAUGCUUGCGAGAUUGAACUCGCAAGGACUCGAAUUGAUGUCAUGCAGAUCAACUCACAGCUCAUGGAAGCCAUACAGCAGAAGGUGGAGCUCUCACAGCAGCUGGAGCAGUGGCAGGUGGACAUGCAGCAGCUACUAGACGAGCAAAUGCGUCGAAAGCUAAGCAAAUUAGAACUGAGUGGAAGGGGUGGCUUGGGUCUGUCGCGUGGAAAUGCUCAGAAUAACACAAAUGGAGGAAGCGAUUCGGACUCCUCUUGUAGCGGGAAAGCUUCCCCGCGGAAAAACUCCCGUUUGUUCUCCCUCCUGACAAACCUGAAGCGGUAGCCUCGGCGACCUCUAUGUCGCUCACAACCUUCCAGAUCGUGUGGUACUUCACAUUUCAGUGAUCAAUUCAAAUGGAUUUCUAUUACAUUCCGAUAUGGAUUAUGAACGAGAGAUUUAUGACUCAAAUGAAAUGUAUGUAUAAUACUUUGAAGUAGCAAGUUGCUCUGAUAUCAUGAAAAGGUUUGGUGAGUUAUGGUUGUUUUAUAAUAAUCUUUCUUAAAAUUCUGUAGCGUCUUGGAUCCAACUGCUUACCACUUCUGUUUCUGUGAAAACUUGUACAGUAUAUUUUUUCUGUGAAAAUCAUUUAUGUUAAUAACCUAAUCACAAAUGCCAUCAAUAUUUAUACAUAUUUAUAGGAAGAUUAUAUAGGAAGCUUAUUUCCUUCAUAAAAAGGAAAUAUACCAAAGAAUUUAUUCCAUUUUCACAUCAGAUUUUAUGUGGAUUCUGAAAGCCUAAAGGCUUGGUUGACUGUUUAUUUUAAUUCGAAUCACGACUACCUAUUUCACUGACACCUUUCACUAAACAUAUGCUAUCUAUACAAAGUAUACCAAAUAUUUCAAUUUUGAACGUCUAUAUAAUCACAUAAAGAGCAAUUUCUUCGCAGACUGACAGCUUCCAAGUAAUUAAUAUGAUAAACAAAAUCUUCAUUAGCAUUCUUUUGAGAUAGAACUUGGAAAUUUGAAGUCUGAUGCUACCAAAUUUAAAGUAGUUUUUGAUGUCAUUCAGCUCUUAUUUCAUCUGGUGAAAAAUUGCUGCCCUAAGAAUUAUUUUUAUACUGGAAAUUCUGUUACUUGUCAGGUGAAACAAACUAAUGUGUCAAAAAUCAAACUUUUAGUAAAGGUUACCCCAGCAAUGCCCAGCAGGAUUGUCUGAUCAAUCAACUGAAUUGUUCUGAUCCAGUUUUCAGCUUUAUCACACGUGACACGAUUUGAUCUUAAACCAAAGAAGCUGAUUGUUUCGAGAAAUGAUUCAGAAACUGUUGCUCUUCAUGAAAAUUCGUUGUAUACAAAAUACAUCACUAAAAUACUGUACUUAGCUGUGAUAUAUCAAACUUUAUCUAACUUUCAAGUCUAUUUUUUAUUUUCUUUAACAAAUUUCCUAGUCUUCUUGAUAUUGAUGAAGUCUGGUAUAUUGUGCUUUGAACUUAGCUAACGUUGCCAAUGAAUGCAGAUUAAUCUAAAAUUAAGUUUCACAAUUUUGACCAAAUUUAGGUACCUCUGAUUACUAUACUUGUAUUUUUUUUCUAAAACGUAUCAGUUGAUGCGUCUUGAGAAAGUUUUCGUGAUCAAUUCCUGAUCAAGUGCAGCUUAGCAACCAAGUUCAUUGUUAUUUACUGACCUAUUAAAAUUUGUGUUGUUGAAUGAAGUCGAAAAUAAUAUUUUCAAAUGGGUAAGUUACGUUUCAAAAACUUAACACUGAUAUGAUGCUACUACGAAUGAUUUGUUAGGAGUGGUGAAUAUUAAUGCUAAUAAUAACGUUUUGCUUUGUCCCCCAAAAACCUACAAAAUAUUUCAUUUUUCAUCCAUUGUUUUUAACAACAAAUAAAUGCGUACUAUAUUUCCUGUAUGACUACAUCCUUGGUAAGAAUGAUGACUCAGGAUUUUGUCUGUAACCAGAAUCAAGCAAUUAGUAUACAUACAUGAAAGGACUCCUGUUGAAUUUUGUUGUAACAAGCUGCUCCAUUAUCAUGUUACUGUACUGUUUAUUGUAUAAAUGAAUGGUAGAGGAGUCUUAACUGGUGUCCACAUUUAAGGAGAUAAAGAGUACCAGAGUCCUGCAGAAUAUGCUGUAGUUACAUCAUUGCCACUCCCACUCCCCCCCACUUCAUGCCAGUAGUAGCGGCGUAUUACUGUGUGACUGGAGCCAGGUAAACCUACGGCUUCCAUAGUCUUAUGUAUUUCUCUAAGUGACUUCUGUUUGUGUAACUAUUAAAAAUAUGUAAAUAUUUAGAAUUGUAAAUAUUAGGGUUACAAAAUGAAAUAUAUAAGAAGCCUCCAGUGAAUUACACUUGGGAAAUUGACCACUUGAGCUUCAAAAUUCAUUGUCAUUGUGAAGAACAGUUGAUAACAUCCGACGCUAAGGCAGGUUCUCAUAUUUCCCACGGCUGGUCAAGCUAUGCAUGAUGUUCUUACAAGAGUUAAGCACCUGCGACGAGUUCUGAGGACUCCCCUGAGAUACCAGUUGUUUUGAAUUCUUAUAAAAAUAGUGAACCUUUAUAGUGUGAUCUUACAUGGUCAGGGUAUCGACUGUUCAAGCACGAAUGGCAAAAUUUAAUUUCUCUCUCAUGGUCAUCAGUCAUGAAUUCUUUUCAGAUUUUGCUCUUCUCGAAGAAUCUCUUGGAAGAUUUCCUCUUUUGUAAUGACAGUAGCUUUAUUUUUUAAAUUCUGAUAAACCAUGCAUUCCAUUCUCAUUAAGGAACUCAUUUCUUGAAUGAAGUUACAGAUGGUAGAUUUAUAUUCACUUAUGCAGGUAUAUGUAGUCGAAGUACUAUCUACUUUUGCACUAUGAUGCAUCGCUGAUGUUUAUACUUACAAGUUAGAGAGGAUUUGAUCCUGGGAAGGAGACAGUUAGAAACAGAUGAGGACUCGAAACAUGCCUUAAAUAUAUUACAUUUCCGUCCAGAUUUAUACUUAGUGAGUAACUGUUACUACUGUAGUCCAGUGUGCUGAAUACAUUGUGCUGUAUACGGGAUGUCAUGAUUAUCCACUUGUAUGCAUAUGUUGAAGUAUUUCUGGUUGUCAGGAUUCUUAUCGUUUAUUAAUAGUAUCAAAUACUUUAUAAGUUUGCCAUACAGUGUGCCUGUAUGUAAGAGCCAUUGGAAAGGUAAAAAUGAGCACGACAACAUAGGAGAUGCUAUUUUGUUGUUGCUUGAAUCUCUGGAAUAUAUUAAAGCAAUCAAUGUAUUUGUGUACCUUCAUCACAGUAUGUAAGGUAGUAAAUAUGUUGUCUGAAUUGAUCCGAGAAGGAGAGUUGUAUUUUGGGUAGCUGGUAUACUGCUUAAUUAUUUUUUCUAAUGAUUGAUAUUUUAUGAUUUACUGGUUUUCCUACGCAAAUGGAAAAAAUUGUUUCGAAAGAAGGCAUAGAAAAGUAUACAGAGGUAUUUUCAAGGAAAGUGCAAACACCCAAUAUAUUAGUCUACAAGACAAUGAUGAAGUCCAUAUAGUGUCAAUCAAGUGUUAUGAUAUCUGUUGAUGAUUAUAUCAAAUAUAUUUAUACUGUAUAUAAACCAUACAACAAACACGUCAUUGUUUGGAACGUAAGGCAAUAGAAAAAUAUGUAGACGAAGCAUCCUUGAUUUAGUGCAAUAAAGUUGUAGCAAAACAAAAA